ACGCACUCUGUCUCGCUCUGUCGUCGGCUCCGUUCGUUUCCCCGUUGCCGCGUCAGCCGUCACACAUUGUGUGUAGUUUUCGUUUCUAUCUGUACCUCUCCGUCCGAGGACUCGGCACAGACUCGCGCGUAGUCGCGGGACUAAUAUCGCGUCGUGCUCACGUGAAAGAUCGUUCAUUGUAAAAAUCCGCAUUGAAGUAUAAGAGAAAGAGAAAGAGAGAAAGAGAGAGAGAGAGAAAAAAGUUCUGGCGUAACAUUUCAAAAUUGAUUGAUAAAUUUACUGUCUCUCUUGUUCGUUUCAAUCGACGCGUGUGAUUCAACGAUGUUUCGGAAAUUUUUGAUAACGGACAAUUUGUUAUUAAAUUAUUCGAUGAACGAGUUCUAUCAUGUGAAUCAUUUCUAUCACGUUAACGUACGUGCAUCGGCCAAGAUAGAUCGUCGUCGGGAAUGUGUCGAAAGAUUGUGAGACCAAACAUGGAUACAUCCUAGUGAAUAUUUUAUUUUAAAAGUAAAAAAAAGAAGAGAACACAACAAAGGGGGGAACAUAGCGCAGAGAACAUAAAACGCGCAGGUAGUCAUCGUACGCUUUAGUCUUUCCGCAAUUACGAAACAACGACGAUCAAAAAAGGUGCGGGUGAUGUUAUCGGAGACUCAAGGUCACGUCGUUCCAGUCAUCGAGUCGCUGCUUGAACGAUCCACCGUCGUCUUUGUUAAACGAUUCACCACGGUCGACAGAUAAGAGAACUCAAAACAAUCCUACUAUCUUGGACUUAGAAAUUUGUUUGUUUAUCGUUUGAUUUCUAUUUUCUUUUUUUCAACUGCGACAGUUCUCUAUUAGUUACUUAUCCAUUCAAAUAAAAGACAUUUCUAUGAACGAAGCCUUUAGGAAAGAAGCAAACAAAUUCUAUAUUAGAAUCUUUAAUAUUCCCGCUCGUUUCUAUACCACGUGCUCGGAGAACGAAUGCUUAUCUGAAGAUCCGGUGACACCGAAUGACGCUUAGACGACUAAUUAUCUUUCGAGUAUCUUUACUAAAAUCGUCUUCGUUGAGGACUCCUCGCGAACAUCGUAGGAAGACGAAAAAAAAGAAGGAAAGGUCGGCGUGUGUUACGUCGGUACGUAUUGACAGCUGUGUGUACGUAAUUGGCACUCUGUUUGUACAGACUGUCAGUGUGCUCGUCGUUCUCUCGCGGAACUUCGUGAUACUUCGGAAAGGUGGACUGUUUGCGAGGAACAGCAGACGCGUAAUUGCUAUACUUUGACUUGGCGAACGUGCCUCGACCACCACGGAUGGCUUUGAGUUUCUUUGCCUUUGUCUGUUAAUGUUAAUUAGGCGAUAGGAACACGCUCCCCACGUUUUCCGCGAACGAACUCCGCCGUGUGUGUGCGAGCAAACGAGUGGGUGUAGGACUACGAUUCUCUGCGAGCGCGUGAUCACUAACACGACGGAUUAUUCGCCGACUGGCGGCUUGCCGGCCGGCAUGGCCACGGAAUGCACGGUCAAAAGGUGCGGCGUAAUUUCGUCAAUAGGGUGGGCAGAGGAUCGAAACGCGUCCGGAGCAGUUUGGUGCAUUAAACGAAGGGAUCAUAUCGGGGAAGACGAAGGACUCUGACUACUAGCCUCCCCUUCCCUCGUGUGCGCGACUACUUCUUCCCCCCUUUUCGCGUCUAGAUAAUAACCUUCCCACCCAUCGUUGCUCCAGUUUCCGAUUUUUCUUUCUUCGGUGGUGAGCCAAGUGUGAUAAAAAUUAAAUGAUAUGUACCAGUGAUCAGAGGUGAUGGUGGUGUGAUACUACGAGAGAAGGGUGCGCGCGUGUCAGAUCUAUGUGUGUGUGUGAAUAGAAGAAGCGAAAUAGAGCGAGAGGGUGAGAGGGUGAAAGAGAGAGAGAGAGAGAGAGAGAGAGAGAGAGAGAGAGAGGAGGAGAGAGAGAGAUAGGUUAAGAGAGCGAGGGCAAGGAUUACGAAGAUACACGGUUUGAGGUGAUAAAUAUAUAAUAUAUGUAAAUGUAUAUGUAUACAUUCAUGUAAAGACGUGUGCCAGUGUGUGCGUACGGAGAGUACAAAAAGUUUAGUUAUAUAGGAGGUAAUAGAAGAGGAGAAAAAGAAAAGUUACGAAAAGAGAAAAAUAAAAAUAAAAGAGAAGAGAGAAGAAGGAUCGGUUUAAGAAGGAGUCAAAAAGUGAAAUAGAAGAAAGAAAGAAAGAAAGAAAGAAAGAGAAAGAGACAGACAGAGAAAAAGAGCGUGGAGAGGGUGGUGGUGAUAUCGGCAGGUGGGAGAGGAGGGACAGUAGUAGUAUAGCAUGAGUUCGUACUUCGCGAAUUCGUACAUCCCGGACCUGCGAAAUGGCGGGGUGGAACACCCGCAUCAGCAUCAGCAGCACUACGGUGCCGCGGUACAGGUGCCCCAGCAAACGCAAUCGGUACAGCAACAAUCGCAACAGCCUGGCGAUCCGUGCGAUCCGAGUUUGCUUAGGCAAGCGGUGUCUGCGCACCAUUAUGGGGCAGGUGGGGGUGCCGGUAGUACCGGUGGACAGCAGGACAUGCCAUAUCCGAGGUUUCCGCCGUACAAUCGGAUCGACAUGCGAAACGCGGCAUAUUAUCAGCAUCAACAGGAGCACGCUGGAAUGGACGGUAUGGCGGGCUACAGGUCGGGUUCACCGACCACGGGGAUGGCUCACAUGGGUCAUACACCCACGCCGAAUGGUCAUCCCUCAACUCCGAUCGUCUACGCGAGCUGUAAACUCCAAGCGGCCGCCGUCGAUCAUCAAGGAAGCGUUCUCGAUGGGCCGGAUAGUCCGCCGCUCGCCGUCGAGACUCAAAUGCACCAUCAAAUGCACACCCAGCACCCUCAUAUGCAGGCCCAACAGGCACAACAGACGCAUCAGCAACAGCAAUCCCAACACCAACAUCUACAGGCGCAACAACAGCACAUGAUGUAUCAACAACAACAGCAACAGCAACAGGCUCAGGGUACGACGCAACAGCCUCAACCUGGCAUGCACCCUCAGCAACAGCCUCAGACACAGCAGCAUCAGGGGGUCGUAGCUUCGCCGCUUGGUCAGCAGCAACAGCCCACCCCUCAGGGAGCCGCCAGCGCGAACCUACCCAGUCCUCUCUAUCCUUGGAUGCGGAGUCAGUUCGAGAGAAAGAGAGGCCGACAAACGUACACCCGUUAUCAAACGCUGGAACUGGAAAAGGAGUUUCAUUUCAACAGAUAUCUCACGAGGCGGCGACGUAUCGAGAUAGCGCACGCCCUUUGUCUUACGGAGAGACAGAUAAAAAUCUGGUUUCAGAACAGGCGGAUGAAAUGGAAGAAGGAGAACAAGUCUAAGGGUGAUCCAGGCUCGGGCGAUGGCGACACCGAAAUUUCUCCGCAAACGUCGCCGCAGGGUUGAAAGAACCCCCCGGAGGAGUGGAACUUCCAAAGAGGUCUCAUCUCUCUCAGGGUCGUUAAUACCUUAUUUCCAGCACUACCUCCUUCCCCAAACCCCCAUUUAAUGACCUCCCCCAUCCCCAGGACGAACCCCGACUCCCUCGACCUCCCUCCUCCCCUAUCUCCCCCGCCCCCGUCUAAUCAUACCCCAACCAGCAAUGACGCUUCUGUUGUCGUAUUAAUCAAGUUACUCGUACCAAAAAAAGAAAGAUGUAAUAGGAAUAGAAGCGAAGAAGACGCGAUGAAGAACGUUCUUGUAGUAUAGAGAAGAAGAAGAGGAAGAAGAAGAAGAAUGAACGAUGACAAAGGAAUGGUAGAGAGAAAGAGAUAGAUAGAUAGAGAAAGAGAGAGUGAGAGAGAAAGGAGGUGUAUGAUGGUGCGGACAAGGACGACAAGAUUGAAGGAAGGGAACGUAGAACGGGAAAAGGAGAAAGAGAAUGAAAGAAAGCUAGAAGAGGGUUAGAGAUAAAAGACAAAAAGAGAGUCGGAAGAGAAUUUAUGGGAAUGAAUGAUGUUACGGAUAUAACGGAAUGAAGAGGCAAAAUAAAAGGAACUGGAUCACAUGCUAAUCAGAACCGCGUUAACCUCUAUUACGUUUAAACGAACAUAAUUGUACUAAAGUCUAUAUAAAUAUACGUCGUCGAAGGAAAUGUACGUAUUUAAAAUACGUUGAUUGCCACUCGAUUGUCGUACGUCUUAUUUUGAGGGUAGGGAAGUGGGACUAUGGUAUAAAAAUAUUCAUUAUUAUAAGCAUAUAAUAAUAAAUUAUUAUAUUUUGUGAUUAAAUGAGACUAUACCAUUAUUAAUAGUUUUAUUUCGUCGAUGAUCACUCGUAUUCAUCGUGAUCGUACAGUAAUGUUUGAAAAUUGCAAAAUAAAAAAAUAAAAAAAAAAAAAAAAAGAAUAAACUUCGCACGAAUAAUGUAAUUAUUAAUUGUUUCAUAGGACACAAUAUUUAUUUUACAUUGUUAUCUAGUUGUCGAAAAUUUUUUAAUCGGUGUCAUAGAUUGACUUUCUAGUUAUUAAUUUGUAAAUUUUUCCCAUUGAAUAUAAUGAUACCAUUUGAAGGACAAAAUCAAUAGUGGCAAUCAACGUGUUAAAGGGAAUUUGUGAGAAUAUCGAUGGAAGUGUAUGAGAAAGUAUGAGGUAUUAAGGAAGAUGUGUGUAUUUGCCUGUGUGAUAGAUAAUACGUGUAUGUUGAUAUCGAGUGAGGAAGAAAAAAAAAAAAAAAAGGAAAGAUAAAACCGCGUAAUAAGUUAGGAAAAUGUUUUUAUUAUUUAUUCUCUUACGUCGUAUAUACGUAUAGUCGUAGAGAGCGGUUAGUAGAAUAUAAGAGAGAAUGAAAGAAAGAGAGAAAGAAUGAAAAUGAGAGAAAGAGAGAGAGAAAGAGAGAGAAAGAGAGAAAGAAUGAGAGAGAGAGAGAGAGAGAGAGAGAGAGAAAGAAAGAGAGAGAGAAAGAGAGAGAGAAAGUUAUGGUUGUCCAUCUGUAAUACUAUGUAGCGGUGGAUGUACGAGCACAGUUUAGUGUCCUUUAGAGAUUCGUUUAGAUAGUUUUUUCGCUACACUACCGCGCGCGCGCGCACGCGCGCGUGCACGGCCAGUGACUUGGCGAAGGCAUCUCGAAUUUUCUGCGAACGUGCCAACGUGUGUGAUCUUUUGAACGUAUUUUUCGCAUUAUCGAAAUCGGAAUUCACGUAGGCAAAGAAGAAGAAGAAAAAAAAAAAAGUAAGCGAAAAAAAAAACAAAAACUGACGGAAUGAGAAAUAAAAGAAAAAUUGGAAGAACGAAUCGAGAUAAUGAGGAAAAAUUUGUAAUACUUAUAUAUACGAAACAGUGAAAAUAAAAAUAAAGUGCGCGUACGGGGUGUCCCGUUUGUUCGUAAAACGAGACGCGAAAUUAGUGAAAUACGGUGACAAAACGAGAAUGAAAUGGGAAAUGAGAAAGAGAAAGAAAACGAAAACGAAUCGGAUAAUGAGGAAAAAAAAAAAGAAAAAAAAAUAAAUAAAUAAAAGGACAGAAAAAAAGAUGGAAAAUGGAAGAUGAAGGCAGGAGUAUCGAAUGGAGCGAAGUCGAAAAUGUUUUCUAUUUUUUUUUUCUUUUUUUUUAUUUUUGUCCGAUAUAUAUAUAUAUAUAUAUAUAUAUAUAUAUAUAUAUAUAUAUAUAUAUAUAUUUUUUUUUUUUUUUCUCUCUCUUUAUUAUUAACAAGAAGAAAAUGAGUGAGAUAUCGGCGAAGGGAAAGAAAAGAAAAUGAAAAGAAAAAAGCAAAGAAAAGAAAGAAAUGUUAUAAUUUAGGGAAGAAACGGCGGAGGUCCUCCGGCAGAGCAGAGACCAGCCAACUUGGCGUUUAUUCAUCGAUAUCGUCGCAAGGUCAGUCACAUUUAUGAAAGUUAAAUUAGAAAUUAUUUCGUUCGAUCGAGUUUACGUUUCUUUUCGAAUGAUAUCAUUAAAAUCAUUCGUAGAAACGUUAGACCGAUUAAAAAAUCGUUAAAGGAUUAUUGUAACGCCUUGCAUUUAAAUCUAAUGUGCCAAUAGCAUUUGAAAUUGUGCAAAUUACAAUUCGACGGAUAUAAUACAUUUUUUUUUUUUACUUUGAUAAUACUCUUUUCUUCUCUGUAUUCGGGUGAAGUACUUUCUAGUAUCAUGGCUACCGGUUUUAAUCGAAGGAAGAUGUUCAGCGUAUUUUUCAAAGAGAAACGCGUUGCAAAGCGAGUUUACGCGAUCGUAAAACCGGUUCUUCCGAUUAAUCGAGUAUCGUCGAUAAAGAGAAAGAGAUAGAUAGAUAGAGAUAACGAGAGAAAGGGAGAAAGGGAGAGAGAAAGAGUGAGUGAGUGAGUGAGUGAGUGACUGAGAGAGAGAGAGAGAUAGAGAGAGAGAGAGAGAGAGAGAGAGAGAGAGAGAGAAAGGGAGAGAAAGAGUGCAAGAGUGAGAGUACACAGCAUCCAUUAUCUUGAUUUACAUGCAUCUUCCUUCGACGGUGAAAACGCGCUUUAAUGAUCUCGAUCGACCUCUUCCGGAAUUACGUUGGAAAUAAUUCGCAUUCGCGGCACGACGACCUUUCGUUUCUGUAAAUAAUUUUCCACGUGGAAUAACGGGGUGGAGUAUAAAGGGGGAUGUAAAGAAAUGGUGGUGGGGGUUAUCGGGGGUGGACGAGGAAGAAGGUAUAUUAUUCUCGCGCACGAUCGUCGAUCCUUUAAAAAAUCGACUCCUGCUCCGCGCGACGUGAGGCCAAGUUACCAAGUGAUGUAAUACAUAGUGUAUUUUUGGAAUAGGAUGUUUUCGGCAUGAAACCGCUUGGCAACUUAAUGGCGUCUCGAAAGUGGGUUUACUGGCACGGGAUCCUCUCGUCGCGAGCCAAAUUCUCUUUCGCAGAGUAACGGCGCGUAAUUUUGAAAGGAAAAAUGAAAAUGAUACAAAAAAAAAAAAAAAAAAAACAAGAAAGAAACCAAAAAAAAAAACAAAACUAAGAUAAAAUAAAAUAACAAAAUAAAAAAGAAAAAAAAAAAAAGAAAGACACUUGUUCGAUCACCGUCCAUGCUUGCGACGAAAGUGGCAUCACCAUUUUAACCAAAAGAAGAAAAGAAAACUAAAAAAAAAAAAAAAAAGAAAAAGAAAAAGAAAAAAAAGAUUCGCAGUGCGGUAUAUCGCUUUGUCAAAUUUUGAAAAUGAAAGAAAAGAACAAAAGAAAAAAAAAAAAGAAAAGAAAAGAAAAAAGAAAAGAGAACAUAAAAAUUGUAUCGCUUUUUCCUCGAUCGCAUUGCAUUUUGUCUUUAUAUUUCUUACAGAAAAUUUCUAAUCUAACGAAUAUCGUUCGCGUUGAAGCGUUGGGACGCGUUAAAUGUGUCAAGCGGUGAACCGGAUAGCCUGUCGGCUCGAACACCGAGCGUGAUAAGAACGAAAGUUCCUCCGAUUGGCCGAAAAAUGUCGCUAACGAAGAAUUCAAAGAAAUUCUAUACUCGGUGUUUUUAUCCUAACGAGCCAAGGUACUCCGCCGCGGCGAAAUCUGUGCUGUGUUGUAAACUUAGCUCGACAUACGUUUAGUUUAUACGUACUCACACAUACACAUACCUACAUACACAUACAUACACACAGACACACACACACACACACACACACACACACACACACUCACAAACACACUUCAUUAACGAUAUACGUAAUGAACGAUAUUAAUGAACACUUAAUGAUAAUUAUAAUGAUAAAAGUAAUAAGGAUAAUGAUAACGGUAAAGAUAAACGGACGGCGCUGCUGAUGGAAGUAUUAAUGCAAAAAUGAAGUAAAUGAAGAAAGAAAAGACAAAGGGAAAAUAUAAAUGUCGCUAUGUAGAAUGAUGUUAAAAGAGAAUGAAUGAAAUAAAGAAAAAGAAAUAAAUGGGGAAAGGUACAUACUUAUUAUGAAAGAAGUCGUACGCGUUUCGUAUGUACAUACUCAUAGAAAUCGUCUCCCCCUAUUUCGUGUUUAAAAAGAUAAACGAGGGUUGAAAAACGUGCUUACCGAUAUACGUAAUUAAUGGUCGUUCAUUCAACGGCCGGCCUUCCUUAAUCGAAAGAUUUAUUUAUGGAAAAUCUUUUUGUCCUUUGAAAGCAACGAACUCACUAUAAAAAGAUUUCCGGCGAUCGUUCUUUCACAACCUUCGUGUAACUUUAUAUUUCAUUGACGAUUUAACGAAACCAACAAAGUAUCUCGGUUCUCGUUAUUAUAGACGAUAAUAUUAAAACUAUUACGAUAAAACUAUUAAUAUAAAACUAUUAAUGAUAAUAGUAUAAUUUUUUGGUUUAAUUAUAAAGAGAAAUGCCGUGGGAUAUCGUUAAAUGGAUUUAUCGAAAGACGAUCGAUUCGUGUAUCGUUCAUUUGACCGUGACAUUCAUUGAUAUAAAUUGAUCGUCGAUACGAAAUGAUCAACGACGAGAUCAUACGUUCUCUCGUAGAAAUUUAAUCGUCGAUUCGAUGCUCGUGUACUUAACUAAGUAAUACACGUGAAUGGCAUUCGAAAGUAGCAUAAUCAUAAUUGGCUUGAAAUAACGUCGCCCUGGAGAAAAUGAAUGUGGUAUCUUGUUCGCAUUGACCGUAAAACCAUUCAUCACAUUUCUUCUUCUUCUUCUUCUUCUUCUUCUUCUUCUUUUUCCCUCCACCUACAGUUUAUAAAGCAUAUGAAAGAAAAAAGAAAAAAAAAUAAAAAAAAUAAAAAAAAAACAAGAAUCUAUAAAGAUAUUUUCCACUCAUAGAUUAUGGCCGUGCGUUUUGUUAUCUCAACUCGUUAUCGGUUAGCUCUUAGUGCAUUGAGACUAGUAGUCUGACUCGCACUUUCGAUAACGCGAUUUAUAAACGCGUGCAAUAAAUCGAUUAACCUUAGCAGUUCGAAGCAACGAUCCUUUCGAGCAUUUCGUCGAUCGCUCGCGACACGCGAGUUAAUUCCAGAUACAUUAAUCAGCGAUACGAUCUAUAUGGGUCAGAUAAUAGUUGGCAUUGAGGUGCCGAGGGUGCGGCUUUGCGAGACAAAGCUACUAUUUAUUACCCUUACGCCACGAUAACGGACGUGUUACGACAUGGUACAAACGAAGUCCCGAUCAAAAUUUUCCGUUUUUCCUUCUCUCGUUCCUUAAUCUUUUGAGAUAAUCGAAAGAUUUCGAAUCGAUCGAGGGACUAUGGAUAUUUCGACUUCGAAAUCAAUUCCCUUAGCAAUAUCCCAGGUAUUUCUCUUUCGUAAAAGUGAUUCGUAAGUGCAAUAAACGAACGUAUUUUAUUCUUUUUAUUUUCUUUUUUUCUCUCUCUUUUUCUUUUUUUUUUUUUUUUCUUUUUUUUUUGUCUCCUUUUCUUCUAAUCGAUCGUAAUCGAGGAAAAAAAAAUCGUCGCGAACGAUCGCCGUGAACAUCGAUUUUACAUAACAACAAAUGAAAUUUUGUAUUCGACGAAUGGCCGAGUUCCAUUUAAACUUAGAAAGGUAUAUAAUGUUAUGUGACCACGGAGUAAAAAGAAAAUGAAGGAUAUAUAAAUAAUGAAAAAUUGAGAAAAAGAAUGAAUGAAUGAGAGAGAGAGAGAGAGAGAGAGAGAGAGAGAAAAUUCGUAGAAUUAACUGGAAGGUAUAAAUUCAAAUUAUAUAUUUUAUCUCUAUUCGUAUGCAUAUAGUCGCGUAAUGAAAUAGAAAAAAGAAAAGGUAAAUUUUAUAUAUAUAUAUAUAUAUAUAUAUAUAUAUAUAUAUAUAUAUAUAAUAAUUUAAAGUAUAUGUGUGUAAAAGAGUUUUAAGAGUAGAGGGAGAUGAGGCAAGAGCUGAAAAAAAAAAACAAUGUGUACGUACGAAGUGUGUCGCUACGUUAGCCCAUAAUCUCGAUUAAGAUUAAGGACUAAAAUCUACUUCCUAAGGUGGUAAUUAAAUAGAUUAUUAAGAAAAACGGGCAUGUCGGUUGCGGCGGGCGGGGAAAAUGAUUAAUAACGAAAAUCAGAUCGAUUCUAGAGAAUGAAAGAAAUAGAGAGAGAGAGAGAGAGAGAGAGAGAGAAAGAGAGAAUGAAAGAAUGAAAGAAUGAAAGAAAGAAAGAGAGAAAGAGAGAGCAAAUGAUGGAAUGAAUAAAAUGGACAAAUGAUUGCGAUUGAAAUUCCGCUAUUGUGAAUAUGGAGAUAUAUAACAAGAAAUAAUACGUACUACAUAGUUCAUGGAGUUUGCGGUAAUGUACAUACGUAAUCUUAAUGUUUCUACCGGAGAGCCCGUAAACGUCAUGACGCAUAAAGUGGCGUUUCGAAUGAGAGAAAGAGAGAAAGAGAGAGAAAGAUAGAGUGAGAGAAAGGGAGAGAUAGAGAGAGAGAGAGAGAGAGAGAGAGAGAGAGAGAGAGAGAGAGAGAGAGAGAGAGAGAGAGAUAGAGAUAGACACAUACAACCAGCAGCUUUCGACCGAUUAUAUCGUUUAGCAACGUAGUAUUUAUUGAUAUACCAUGUUAUAUGUCGCAAAAUGGAUUCUUUAUUUGUUUUAACUGAUUGUCUAAUAAAUAUUUUUUACAAUGUAAACAGGUAGUUUUUAGGUGUAUUUGUGCGUACCAAGUCAAAUGAUAUCCCAGAAAAUUGUCUGUUUUCUUAAAACGAGAAAUUUCAUGUGGUUAAUCGAAGUUUUUCAUUACUACUCUAUAUUAAAUACUUUCGAUUAUUUUAACGUCAUUGUAUUAUUAUCAGCUCUCAAAAGAAAUCUCAACUGAUUCCUUUCGAUAUUGUUAAAUUUUUUUUUCUUUAUCUUCUUUAUUUUUCUUUCUUUUUUUUCUUUUUCUUUUUCUUCUUCUUCUUCUUCUUCUUCUUCUCCUUCUUCUUCUUCUUCUCUCUCUUUGCAUUAUUGUCAAUCUUUAAUAUUUCGAAGAGUCGAAAGUAACGUUGGAAGAAUUUUUAUUCAUGAAAAUUAGAUUGUGAUUAGAGACUUGAAUCGAGUUAGAGUAAUCGAUAUCUUGAAGUCGUGACCUCGCACGCGAAUGCACCGAAGAGUUCCUGACCCCCCUGUGCUCUCCUGGCAGGUGUCGUUAGUUUCGUAUAAUAAAUUUAUAAGUAUAUUGUACAUCUAUCGAGAUCAUCUAUCUUUAAAAAUAUGUUUAGCAGAGAAAAAGGAAAAAGAAAAGAAAAGAAAAGAAAAGAAAAGAAAAGAAAAAAAAAAAAGGAGGAAAAGAUUCCUUCGGCUCUGAACUUCGCUCUCGAUAUAAAUAAACUCGAUCGUUAAAUUUCGCUCUGAUAAGUAACUUAAAUACCUUUUGCAAACUGAAACGCCAUUGACGUUUCUUUUUCUUUACUUUUUUUUUUCUUUUUUUUUCCUUUCUUUCCUCUUUCUUUAAUUUAUUUACAAAAAAAAAAAAAAAAACAAAAAAAACAGAUCGAACGAACGAAAAUGUCCGAUGGGAUAUCGAUCGAUCAAAAAAGUUAUGCAUCUAAGUACGUACGUAAGAACGAUUGAAUUUCGAUGUUUUAUCAUUUCUAUCAGUUACUUACGACGAUAAAUCGCAAGGUAGCUCGCGAAAGCUUAACUUGUUGUACCGUACUAAAUCAACUAAUUUAAUACUCAACGCUCGUCGAUGUAUAUCGUGUGUAAAUACAGAAGUAAUUAAGAUGCAUCGGAUAACGGUAUCAUCGCGUCAGUCUGGACAUUGCGCGCGAGUUAAAUCGAUUUCUCCGACGAAUACGAAUAGACGAAUUAUACGAGAUGUCAUUUCAAUUCGAAGAAAGGAAAAACGAAGAAAAAAAGAAAAAAAAAAAAAAUGAGGAAAAGGCAAAUAGAAAAAAAUGAGAAAAGAAAGAAAAAUUACGUGUAGUGUACGCAAGGUAUCCCUCUUUAAGCUCAACGUUCCCUCCACCCCCACCCACCCUCACCCCUGCCCUCCUUCCAUCCAUUCAUCCUUCCUAUUCCACAUCGGCAGAGCACAGCGCACGAAGACUGAUAGAUCCGAUUAAAUGCCACAUACAUACAAUAUAACGAGAAACAUUGUAUACAUUAGAAACGGAAUAAGUUUGAUAUAACGACCGAAAUCAAUAUAUAAAUAUUCGAUUACGUGUACGAAUAUAAAAUAAAAGAAUAGUGUUCGUCGACUUACGAUAAUGUUCGAAAGUCGUCGAUUGACAAAUGAAUUUCAUGAGAAUCGUUUAGAUGAAAAUUUAAAAAGAAAUCGGAAAUAGAAAAUAGAGAAGAAGAAAAAAAAAAAAAAAAAAAAAGAUAAAAAGAAAGGAAAAAAGAAAAAUUACAGAAAAACUUCAUACUGUUUCUCUUGUGCUCUGUCGCGCUUCUUUAAUCGAUUGUAGAGCAAUAAAAGAAAAGGAAAAAAAAAGAAAAAGAAAAAAGAAAAAAAAAAAAAGAAAGG